AGAUACAGGAAAUUAAACGAUAAUGCACCGAAAUAUAUAAAUAUUUAAUGAAUGACAUAGUUAUCUGGUGUUUAUACUAUAAACUCGGACGAUAACUUUAUCGGGGCCUCGAAAUUAAUUAGUGCUUAUUCUGAAUUCUCUGACGAAAUCGAAUGUCACUUGUUUGAGUGUUCGGUGCGUCAAAAUGUUUUUUAUUUGGAUCGGGUUUUUAUUGGUACAAACGCCGCUGACAACAAGUAAAAAAUACAGAACGGACUAUAUCUACAACAUAAAGACUGAUUCAUUCUACAACCUACACAUAGAAAGCCGAGACAGAUGGAGAGCAGAUCAGAUCUGUAGAUCUGAGGGUGCCUCGCUCAUGUACCCAGGUUCCGACCAAGACGUCGUGCAGUUUCAUGCCUUGUUUAAGAAGUAUCCUGACCUUGGUAAUUAUGCCUGGGUACAGGAUGAUGGGAAGCCGCAUGAAGAAGCCCACGAGAAGGUCUUCGUUUUAGGAGAAGAAGAAACGCCCGAGGCCCCGUGGGAGAGGACAUGUGACGUGCUGACGAGAGAUGGAGAUAUUCAGAAGUAUCGGUGUGCUCUCGGAUUGCCUUUCAUUUGUAAAGUAGACGCCAAGGACGCGUAUUUUGAUGCCACUUGCAAUGUUCAUAGUAAAAGUUACCAGUAUUUUCAAGACGUGGGCAGUUGCUAUAAAGUAUCACAAAUAGCUUGCACGUGGAAUGAAGCAUACGCAGAGUGUCAAAAAGAGGGCGCUCAUUUAGUGGUACUGAACUCUGAGGCCGAACACCAGGUCGUUUGGAACCUCACCAAGCGCGCGCCGUAUGUGUCGGAUGCGCGUGCGCAUUUCUUUUUCUUCGCCGGAUUUAGGGCCAAUAAAGCGUACGGAGAUCAGCCCAGGGUGUUUAGGACUAUUUUCAAUCAAACUCUAGAAGACGCCGGCUUUGCCCAGUGGUCAGAAAACGAACCAAAUAACGCCCUGAAUAACGAAGAUUGUGGCUCCAUAUUUAAGAACGACGGGAAACUAAACGAUUUGGACUGCGCGCAUAAAUUUGCAUUCAUAUGUGAAAAAGAAAAGUGCAUUGCUGUCAGCUGGGAAAUGAUCGUCUUCUGCGUUUUGUUGGCAUUACUAUCCACCUCAUUUACUACAAAGACAUACAGAACAGACUACGUGUACAACAGACAGACAGAUGCCUUCUACAAGAUCCACAUAGACGGCCGGGGCCGUCGAGACGCUGGCAAUGUGUGCAAAGCUGAAGGCGCCAAGUUGAUGCCUCCAGAGUCUGAUCAGGAUAUAAUACAAGUCCAUAGCAUGCUCAAAAAGUUUCCAGAUUUGGGAGAUUAUGUGUGGGUCCAAGAAGACGGCAGGGAGCAUGAGGCGGCUACGGAACCGAAGGUAGUUGUCAUGGGGGAGCCAGACCACGAAGAUCCUUGGACUGGGGACUGUGACGUGGUGACGCGGAAGGGAGAUAUCGAGUCUCGUCUCUGUUUCUACACGCUACCUUUUAUCUGCAAGGUGAAGGCGAGAGACGCCUACUAUGACACUGUUUGCGAUGUGUAUGGAAAAAAUUACAAAUACAUGGAGAGUACGGGCAGCUGUUACCGUAUAUCUGACAUCGCGUACACCUGGAACGGCGCGUACGACGAGUGCCAGGCUGAGGGGGCCCAUCUCGUGGUCCUCAACUCGGAGACCGAACAUCAGGUGGUAUGGAACCUCACGCAGGUCGCCCCCACAGCUGCAGAGUCCAGGGCCCACUGGUUUCUGUUCGCUGGCUACAGAGCCAACCACCCGACUGAUGAGAAGCCGAGGGUCUUUCGAACAAUAUUCAAUCAGACCCUCGAAGAAGCCGGCUACGAUCAGUGGUCGGCCAAUGAACCCAACAACGCUCUGAACAACGAGUACUGUGGCUCCAUCUUCAAGAACGACGGGAAACUAAACGAUCUGGACUGCGCGCACACAUACAGCUUCAUUUGCGAGAAAGAGAGACAUAUACACACUUAGAGAAAAUGAUUUUUUUAAUCAAAAUAAUGAUAAACAUAUGUUUUCAAUUUCGACAUUGAAUUGUAUAUCUACCAAAAUAAUUUUUAAUGGUUUAUUAACCAUUAAAAAUUAUUUUGGUAGAUUACUCUUGGUCAAAUAAAUAAAUUUUUAUUCAUUAAAAAAAAUGUGGUAAUCGAAGUUUGCAGAUUUACUCAAACAAAUUAUAAAUAAAUAUAGAUUAUAUAAAGUCUGUAUUGAUCUGUAAAAUGUACAUUUUAAUAAAAAUUAAUAAUACAUA